AUGGCAGCACAAUACAACCAGCAAGGCAACGCACAGACUGCACUGUGCAUCGAGCACUACCAGAACUCAGGAACGCAGGCUCCGAUUCUCGGUGGCAUCACUAGGAACUGUAACCCGAGUAAGAGCGAUAAGUUACUCAUCCGUGUCGAAGGUGGAUGCCCGGACCAUUUCAUCAAACGAGACGACGAUGAAGCGGUCGAUGCACAUACUUCACACUUAAUGCCACGGCAGGAAGGAACGGACACACUCACAAUUUCGAGCGCCAAUGCCACCCUCCGCGAUCCCAUGGGAGAUGGCUCGCUGACUUAUGUUGCGGUUGAUCUCGGAGAGCUCCAAGACGGACAUUACGACCUGAACGUCGCUCUGGAUGGGCCGGUUACCAACGUAACAGUGCUUGAAGCGGAUGGAGAGACAUACGCUCGUGUUGACUCUCCUUCUGAGGGACCUGUCCAUCUCGCCUGGGAUGUUGCUAGCGAUGGCGCCUACUUGACAUUUGCCGUGAUAGCGUAUACGGAAAAGGCCGUCAAUGUUUCCUACACCGGGAACUUUACGCCCAGCUCCAACUCGACAUCUCCGUCUUUCACUGGCAUGGCAGGUGCGAUGAGCCAUGUCCAUACCUGGUGGCCAGCUGUGAUCUUGGUUUCCCUCUUAAUUGUUUGCUUUGCUUAG